AUGGAACAUAAUAUGAUAGACUUAACAAAUGAUGAACUGGGGAAACCAUACUCGACAGAGAGCAAAUCCGAUAGAACCGUAUUACAGUGGCGGGCGGAGCGAGAGCUAACGGAAGAUGAAACUUAUCAAAUCGUUUUUAAGGAAAAUCCUACUGGCAAAUGGAAGCCAUACGUUCCAAAGGAAAGAUGUUACAAGCCUAAAGUUACUGUAGCUGGACUCAAAGCCAAUACAUCAUACACCUUUAAGGUAAAAAUAAAUGACGACAAAACGGGCAAGGAUGGUCAAUUCACUGUAGAAAGUGAUCCUAUUCUAACAAGGGAGUCACCAGCACUUGGUGUGUUGAUGAAAGCUGAACAGAUUGAACAUGGACCACCAAAAGUAUAUCGAUUGCCAAUAAAAGAAAACAUAUCUGCCAGGAACGAACAAGCGAAAACCAGAAAGUUUUCUCUAGGCAAAGAAGGGACUGACACGAUAGAACGUACUGUAAUGAUAGUUGGUGCAACUGGUUCCGGAAAGAGUACACUCAUCAAUGGAAUUGCAAACUAUAUAGUAGGAGUCACAUGGGAAGAUCCAUUUAGAUUCACACUAAUAAACUUGGAGACUUGUGAAAAGGAAAGAGAAAGUGAUCAGGCACAUUCACAGACCGAAUGGGUGACUUGUUAUACUAUCCAUAAUAAUGUCUCUGAAAGGGUAAACUAUACUGUCAACUUAAUAGAUACGCCUGGCUUUGGCGAUACAAGAGGCUUAGACCAAGACAAAUUGAUAGUUGAUCAAAUAAGAGAAUUGUUCAAUUCACAGGGAGAGCAGGGUGUAGCAACUAUUGAUGCAGUUUGUUUUAUACUUAAAGCACCAGAUGCAAGAUUAACAGCAACCCAAACAUACAUUUUUGAGGCCAUUUUGUCUUUGUUUGGAAACGAUAUCAAAGAUAAUAUUUGUACCCUGAUCACCUUUGCUGAUGGUCAACGACCCCCAGUUCUAUCUGGCAUACAAGCAAUAGAUGGCAUUCCCCUUCCGUACGAUACUUUUUUCACUUUUAAUAAUUCGGCUCUUUUCGUAGAUAACACCAUGGAUACGCAAAACAAUCUUCCUGCCUUCUUCUGGGAAAUGGGAAUCAACAGUUGCGAAACUUUCUUCAAUCAUCUAAAAACCUUACAAACAAAAAGUCUUUCUCUUACAACUGAAGUAUUAAGGAAAAGACAGCAGCUUGAGAACACAGUGGUUCAUCUUCAACAAGAAAUAGAGGUAGGAUUAUCACAAAUUAAUGUUCUGGAAAAAGAAGUGGCUAUUUUUUCACAGAACACUCAAGCAAUACUGGCGAAUAAAGGAUUCGAAUACGAAGUUGAUGAAGACUACCAGGAAAAAAUAGAUUUGACAGGAAAGGGUCACUUUACAACAAACUGUCUAACAUGUAAUUUCACUUGCCACGAGAACUGUGUAUUUGCAAAUGAUAGUGACAAGGCGCGAUGCUGUGCAAUGAACAAAGAGGGAACAUGUCUCCAAUGUCCAAAGGGUUGUCACUGGAGCCAGCACCAUAACACACCCUAUAUUAUCAAAUGGUCAAAACGUAAGGUGAAGAAAAGAUACGAUGAUAUGAAAAAGAAAUAUGAAGAGGCCACACAGAAAACCUUAACGCAAGAACAAGUCUUAGAGCAAAUGAGCCAGGACAUCAGUAGGCAAGAGCAACAAAUACAGGUAAUGAUGGAAGUCAUCGCAAAACUAAACAAUAGAUUGAAAGAAAUUGCACUUCGACCUGACCCUCUCAACACUGUUCAGUACAUAGAUUUAAUGGUUGCUAGUGAAAAAAGAGAAAAGAAAAGUGGAUUUGAAGCCAGAAUUGAUGCUUUGGAGAAAUGUAAACAGCGUGCAAUGUAUAGUCAAUCUGUUCAGAUUUUCAAAGAUCGUGUCCAUAAUACAAGACAGACAAUGGUAGCCAGUGAUGUUGCAGAUGAAAUUCUGAAGGAUGAAAAAUCAGUUAUUAGUAGAAUAAAAGGAUUUUUCGGCUUCAGAAAAAAUUAG